UUGACAUAAUGAGUUGACAUUGACAUUGACAAUUGAAUAAAGUCCACCCAAUAAAUGCCUAAUUUCCCUUUAAUAUCUUUCUUUUCUUGUUUGACCUCUUGUGGCGUAAGCUAGCGCGCGGAAGGAUAUUUAUCGGAAAGAAAUGACUUCAAAAGUAUCCAGAGAUACCCUUUACGAAUGCGUAAAUGGGGUUCUAAACAACUCUAAGGAAAAGAAAAGGAAUUUUCUUGAGACUGUGGAAAUCCAGAUUGGUUUGAAGAAUUAUGACCCCCAAAAGGACAAGCGUUUCAGCGGCACUGUUAAGCUUAAGCACAUUCCUCGCCCAAAAAUGCAAGUUUGUAUCCUUGGUGAUCAACAGCAUUGUGACGAGGCCAAGGCUAAUAAUGUUCCCUACAUGGAUGUUGAAGCGUUGAAAAAACUUAACAAAAAUAAGAAACUUGUCAAAAAAUUGGCAAAAAAGUAUGAUGCUUUUCUUGCUUCUGAAGCCCUUAUCAAGCAGAUUCCUCGGUUAUUAGGGCCUGGUUUAAACAAGGCUGGUAAAUUUCCGGGUCUGCUUUCUCACCAGGAAUCCAUGGUGCAAAAGAUUGAUGAGGUGAAGGCAACUAUUAAAUUUCAAAUGAAGAAGGUCCUUUGCCUGUCUGUUGCUGUUGGACAUGUUGACAUGACUCCAGAUGAACUGGUACAGAAUGUUCAUUUAUCAGUUAACUUCUUGGUUUCACUAUUGAAGAAACAUUGGCAAAAUGUUAGAUCUCUGCAUGUGAAGUCAACAAUGGGACCACCACAAAGAUUGUAUUAAUCUAUACUUUCUGUAUUAAAUCUUUAUUACGAAUGGCUUA